AUGCCGCUCGCACGUUCAUCGGAACCCCUGGUCUGGAUUGACUGUGAGAUGACGGGCCUCGAUGCCGAAAAAGACCAGAUCCUGCAGAUUUGCUGUUUUAUCACCGACGCACAGCUGAAUCUCCUCGAGCCCGACGGCUUCGAAACCGUCAUCCACCAGCCCGAGUCGUUGCUAACCACCAUGUCGCCGUGGUGCAUCGACACCCACGGCCGCACGGGCCUCACAGCCGCCGUGCGCGACUCCACCACCGACCCGUCCGCAGCAGCCGCUGCCCUCCUCGCCUACAUCCAGCGGUAUGUGCCUGCGCCGCGCUCCGCCCUGCUGGCCGGGAACAGUGUCCACGCUGACAAGGCGUUUCUGGCGCGCGGGCCCUAUGCCCGGGUUCUGGAGCACUUGCACUACCGGAUCCUGGAUGUCAGUACCAUCAAGGAGGCGGCGCGUCGCUGGGGCUCUGAGGAGCUGUUGCAGCAGGUUCCGCCGAAGCGCGAGGUUCAUCUGGCUCGCGACGAUAUCUUGGAGAGUAUUGCCGAGAUGCGCUUCUAUCGGGAGAAGCUGUUUGCGUGA